UAAAAUUAAAAAUAAUGGAUGAGAAACACUCUGAACAAUCACACUCACAAGAACCUCAAGCCAUGGAUGAGGGAGAAGUUGCCACUGAGGAAGUUGUUGAGUUGACUGCUGAGGAAAAAAAAGAGAAGGAGAAGAAAGAAAAGGAGGAAGAGUUGCGAAAGCAAAUUGAUAAUACUUGGAAGAAAAUUGGUCAACAAUUUACAUUUCUGGAGAAUAUCGAAGAUGGUAUCGGCAAGGAUUAUGUCAGCAAACUUUCCUCUUCUUAUGAGUGUGUUUAUCGUCAGACUCGUGAUUUCCUUAAGGAUUUUGUUAUUUUUAAAAAGAUUAAAGAAAAAUUGCCUACUCUUCCUCAGCGUAAUCAACAUCGCUUGAUUGAAAUUAAAGAGUGGCGAGACUUUGCUAAGGCGCAAUUCAAAGUUGUCAGUGUCUUUUUAAAAGAAACUUUUUAUGAUGAUUUCGAGGCUUUUUAUGAUGAUUUUGCGAUGUUUGUUGGUGUGGAUAAGAGUGUGGAAAUUCUUACUGCACUGCGGACUUUUCUUAAAGGCAUAUCGAGCUUAUUAGACGACUAUGUGGACUACUACAAAGAAUGCUUUCCCAGAAACACGCGCACCGUUACUUGGGAUGUCGAAGCAUAA